UUGAGUUGUGAAGCUCUAGUUAACCAUUCAUCAGCAGCUUAGCUUGUUUUUUCAUUUUAUUUUAGUAGGAGCAAUUCAGGGUAAGAUGGGUCCACAUGGGCCUGGAGGACCGGGCUGGGGAGACCCUGCAGGAUGGGGCCCUGGAGGGUGGGGUCCGGUUCCACCUGGUGGGCCUGGGUUUCCUGGUAGCCCUGGUUCUUGGGGGCCUGGGCUCGGUGGAUUCCUCGGAUCCUGCUUCCAUCUCCUGUGCUGCUGCUGCCUACUCCAAGAUUGCUGCGGCCCUCUCUUCGGACGACCAGGCCCUGGCGGCCAGCCACCCCCUUUCCAAUAGCCUGCGGAGCUGCUGGCUACAAGAAACAACUCAUUCGAUCACAAUUCCUAGACUAAAUAUGCAUGGAAGAACCCACUUGUGUGAAGAUAUUGCAUCUUGGAAGUUUCCCUUGCUGCUAUGUAAACAUUACUGAAAAUCAUAUGGUCUUUGGUAGUAUACUUGUGAAGUUUCCCUUGUUGCUGUCUUACAUAGUUUACCUGGUGCUACUGCUAUUUCAGAAUGCAAUUACACUACUGAAGAUCA